AUGAAGCUGCUCAUCAUCUGCUUGGUGUCCUCGGAGCUGCGCGAGUUGGCGAAGCUGAUGAAGGAGCAAUCUCCCCCCGGUUCUGCCGGGUCUCUCUCCCCGCUGCUGCCCGCGGUCCCACCUGGCCACUUUGCCGGGUCUCCGUGGGUCCGCCAUGGCCCCGCCGCCACCGCCGCCUCUUCCGCCGCCGCCGCCGGAAGGGGCCCGGCCCCCGGUGCGGCCCCCGGUGCCAUCCCCGGUGCCAUCCCCGGUCCCUCCAUGGCGUUCCCGAGGCCGCGGCCAGCCCGGCCCGAGCUGCCCCGGCAGCGGGUGCAGACCCUGCAGUGCGGCCAGGGAGCGGUGAGGGCCGCCCGCUUCAACGCGGACGGGAAUUACUGCCUGACGUGCGGCAGUGACAAGACUCUGAAGCUCUGGAACCCGCACAAGGGCACAGCCCUGCGCGCCUACCAGGGCCACGGCUACGAGGUGCUGGACGCCGCCGGAUCCUUCGACAACAGCCAGAUCUGCUCCGGCAGCGCCGACAAGGCCGUGGCGCUCUGGGACGUGACCACGGGGCAGGUGGUCCGAAAGUACCGGGGACACGCAGGGAAAGUGAACUGCGUCCAGUUUAAUGAGGAAGCCACCGUCAUCGUGUCUGGUGAGGGAGUGGUUUGGGGUCACCCUGUGAGCCCCGGGACAUCCCUGCACCCCCUUUUCCCACCCUGCUCCCCCUUUUGUUCCCCCUGA